AUGGGUGUGCGCAGUGCGCCUCAGGAAAUGAUGAUCGUCUUGUUAAUGUGCUUAGGUGUUUCCGCAGUGGCUGGUCGGCCUUGUGACUUCUACACAUCCCUGAAUUUCCUAAACUGCAGCUCGCGUGGACUCUUUUUUGUGCCUGCAGAAAACCCCCACUUUAACGAUUCCCAGGGAAUCGAUCUUAGCCACAACUCAAUAGAGAAAAUAACAGGCGGAGAAUUUUCGAAAUCGUCGGGGCUGAAGUAUUUGGAUCUGUCGUACAAUAAUAUAACGGACCUGGGUUCAAAAGCAUUUCGAGGACUUGACAAUUUGGUCACCUUGAAUUUUUCGGGCAAUUACGUUCAUCUCAGUUCAGAUGUGAUCACGCCAGAGCUGUUCGAGCCUCUGGUGUCUCUGGAAGAGAUACGCAUUCAAGAGAUCGUCCCCAUGACGACAUCAAAGUGGAAAGGUGUAGAUGCCGCUUUUGGGAAACUAGAAAAUUUAAGACGAUUUAUUGCGUAUAACAACUUUGGUAACUGUAGAGGCCCCAUGCUUAAAGGCCUUGACAAUUUAACUGAAAUCGACCUGUCAGGAAUAAGAUGUUCGCGCAUGAGCAGGGAUUUCUUCCUUCAUUUACGAAAAUUAAAGAAACUUUCCUUGUCAAAUUCUCACGGGUUGGACUUUUCAAGUUCUUCACUGACAUAUUUUGACCUACUUGAUACCUUGGAGAGCAUCGACCUAUCCGGCAACAAAAUAACCGAACUGCACCCACGCCUUUUUCAAGACAAUCGAAAUCUUAUGAAAAUCAAUCUGGCGAAUAACAAGCUGAACCGUCUUCCCAAGGCCUUGUUCCAAAUCGCCCAACUAAAGAAAUUGGACUUAUCCGCCAAUGCCUUUACCUACCUCCAGAGUGACGAAAUGGCGUUGAUUGAUGGUUGGAUCACCAGAGCCAGGAUACAAGAUCCUUUCUCGCUGAUCCUGGCUAGGAAUCCUAUACAGUGUACUUGCGACACCGUUUUGUUUAUCCGCUGGAUUGUUUUGAGGAAAAUAAACCUAGAUCAUCCAGACAACUACACGUGCCUUCUGUCCAACGGAUCACAAUUGGCGAUCUACAAAUUUAGGAGAGACAUGAGAAAUUUCGAAGUCAAUUGCGUUAGUUCCACUUACAUAAUAAUAUCAGUGGUGGCAAUUUCUACGAGUUUGAUCUUAAUUUUGUCUCUGGCAGGAAUGUAUCGCUACCGUUUAAAUCUAAGGUACUGGCUGUACACGAGACUGAAGCCUCCGAAAGACAUGUUUUCUGGUGUCGAGUACGUCUUCAACGCUUUUGUAGCCUACACCCAUGAGGAUAGAGAGUGGGUAAAACAACAGUUACGACCAAAACUCGAGCUACAUGAGGAUCCUUUCAAGCUAUGCAUCCACGACAGAGACUUUUUACCUGGAAGACCGAUUCACGAGAACAUCGUGGACAACAUUAGGCAAAGUCGUAAAGUCCUACUGAUUAUCAGCACGCAUUUCUUGGAUUCGACCUACGGUCCCCUUGAAAUUGAAUACGCUGGCAUGAAAUGCUUGGACGAGGGUAGAGAUGACAUCAUAGUGUGUGUGCUGAUGGAGGAAAUUCCGGUUCGCCAGAUGCCGAGGGCGCUUAGAAAUCUCUGGCACAAGAUCACUUUUUUAAAAUGGAACUUUGAUCCGGAACAUCAGGCGAUUUUCUGGGGGAGACUAUCUGAUGCCUUACGCUAA